CGCCCAGCCUCCUCAGCGGAGCCAGCGCUCCCCACCAGGCCUGUCCACCCCUCCGGGGAGACCUUUUCAGGCUCCGCCCUGCAAACAAGCGCGUCUGCAGGGGUCCCCCUGCUCGCUCCGGAGGGCUGCAAGGCGCGUUGCCUCUCCGAUCGCUCAGUCUCCUCAUCUGUGAAAUGGGGAGCAAGAGCUUGGCUCCGGCGCGCGUUCCGUAAUAUAGGGGUAGUCCCUGGCUUGGGGUCAAGGGAAGGAGGGUUGUUUCUGGGACAGGCUUGUGCAGGGGCGGGCAUUGAACCCUAAGGCCGAGGGACAUCACUUUGAAGCCCUGAAUGCCCUUUGUCACAUCUGCAUGCAUCCUUCCAGUAACCCCGGAGUUACCAGUUCUUGUCAUUCCCAUUUCACAGAUGAGGAAACUGAGGCUCAGAGAGGUCACAUGGCUUGCUCGAGGCCUCCCAGCCAGUGUGACCCCACAACCCUGCCCCCCGGGCCACCUGCAGGACGCUGGCCCCUACCCCUCAACAGACGCCGGAGAGAGAUGAGUAGCAACAAAUGUCUCUCCAGCGCCCUCUACUGAGAAAUGUUAAAAUACUCUGGCAAGGAAAAAUACUGAAAAGAGACCAGAUCCAUUUUCACCAAGUAUUCAGAACAGAUAAGCAUGGAGCGAGAAGUGACAUGUUCCUUCAUAUUUCUAAGGGAUUGCUCCCAGGACCUCCUGAGGAGACAGAAAUCCAAGGGUGAGCAGCGGUCAGCAGUGUUUGUGGUCCUCUUUGCUCUCAUCACCAUCCUCAUCCUCUACAGCUCCAACAGUGCCAACGAGGUCUUCCACUAUGGCUCCCUGAGGGGCCGCAUGCGUCGGCCUGUCAACCUCAAGAAGUGGAGUUUCUCCAAUGCCUACUUCCCAAUCCUCGGAAACAAGACGCUGCCCUCCCGGUGCAACCAAUGUGUGAUCAUCACCAGCUCCAGCCACCUGCUGGGCACCAAACUAGGCCCUGAGAUUGAGCGGGCUGAGUGCACCAUCCGCAUGAACGAUGCUCCCACCACUGGCUACUCAGCCGACGUCGGCAACAAAACCACCUUCCGCGUAGUGGCCCAUUCCAGUGUGUUCCGUGUGCUGCGGAAGCCCCAGGAAUUUGUCAACCGGACCCCUGAAACGGUGUUCAUCUUCUGGGGCCCUCCGAACAAGAUGCAGAAGCCACAGGGCAGCCUCCUGCGUGUCAUCCAGCGGGCGGGCCUCGCGUUCCCUAACAUGGAGGCCUAUGCCGUCUCUCCCACCCGCAUGCAGCAGUUUGACGACCUCUUCCGGGGUGAGACGGGCAAGGACAGGGAAAAGUCCCAUUCCUGGUUGAGCACAGGCUGGUUUACCAUGGUGAUUGCGGUGGAGUUGUGUGACCAUGUGCACGUGUAUGGCAUGGUCCCUCCUGACUAUUGCAGCGGCCCCGCCUGCAACGCAUGCCAUACCACUACUAUGAGCCCAAGGGGCCUGACGAGUGCGUCACCUACAUCCAGAAUGAGCACAGCCGUAAGGGCAAUCACCACCGCUUCAUCACCGAGAAGAGGGUCUUCUCAUCCUGGGCCCAGCUCUACGGCAUCACCUUCUCCCACCCCUCCUGGACCUAGCCAUCCUGUCUUUGCAACCUUGGAGAGAUAAAGGCAAAGUGGCUCUGGGCCGAACCAUUUGACCUUGGCCAUCUUCCAGCCAGUUCAGGUUGGCUGGAGUAUUUCCCAGCCAAUCAAAUCAGGGCCUUGAUGAGGGUUUUUUCCUUCCAGCCAGUGAGGGCUGGGGU